CCAGCCACUCAGGCUGCAAUGUGUGUGGUGUUGGUUCAGGUUAGAUGCCCUAGAAAGAGCCUAGAGGCUUUGCAAACACGGGUGCAGCAUGAAAGCCACAGAUCAGCGUUGAGGACAAGUUCAAGGACGACUGCAGGGAAGCAGUUUCUUCCACUGAAUGCUGUAACUCAGUAAAAUGGGCCUGAGCCACUCCAAGACACGCCCCAAGGUGACAAAAGUGGCACCGGUGCAAACCAAAGAAGCUGUGCCAGCCUCCCCUUGCUCUGCGACCCUGUCUCAAUUUCCCGGCAUUCUGGAAGAGAGGAGCUUGGGCUCAUAUGCAGCCAUGGAGGAAAGAAGCCCCAUGUUUCGAAGACAGCUCCCGCCUCUGAAAGAAACGUGGUAUGGGAGAUGCUCCACAGUGCCGAGGCCCAUGGCUUUUGACAUCAUGCCGGAAAAGGGAGAAACCAGUAUUAUUAAACAGCAUCCCCCUCGAAGACCUCAAAAGCUUGAACCUAUUGACCUGCCGCCAGUGAUCACUUCAGAGGCACGCUGGAGACCGCAAGAGCAGGAAGCAGCACAAAAAGCAAAGGAGUGGGAGAAGAGGGUACAGGCCAUGACACAUGCCACAGGAAGACGACAGCACUUGCACAAGCUGCAGAUGUUAGAAAUGAACCGCAAGCGACAAGAGGCAGAGAUGAAGCGAGGGCACCACAGGGAAGCAAAACUCAAACAAAAACCAGAAGAGCUGAAACAUGAGAAAGUGCAUGGGAGGAUUUGGAGAAACAAUAGCUCUGACAGCGAAGACCGGGGCCCUGUCGAGGCUGCUCAAGCUUACACCAAAGACCACAGGACUACCUGGGAUGGAGAAUUCUUAGAGCAACGCCAAAUGUUUGAAUCUCAUCUAAGGCAAAGCAGUAAAGUGGAAAUGUGGUCCCUAAAGCAACAGGCGGCAGAAGAGCUAUUUUGGGACAGCUCUAGCACUGACUCGGAGGACUGGAAAAGCGGGGAGAGAAAGCUGUAUCACAGACCAGCGCUUGUGAGGACCAAGACAGAGAGAAUCUCUCUCUUUGAUGAGUUCUUUGAUAAGCACUUCUAACCGCCAAGGGCCAGGAUGGGACCAUAGCUAUCCCCUGGGACAGCAGUUAUCUCACGAGGCUUUAAAACCCCCUAGCUGGAUACACUGAAGGUAUUAAUCAUGACUUAUCCUGUGAAGUAAAUGUGGUUUUUAUGAGUAUCUUAACAAUGUGGAAAUAAGUACAUGCAAAAUCAUGGAUUUUUUUAUGGUUCUGUUGCUGAACCAAAAGAUAUCACGGGGGAAAAUUAGUUUGAUCCAAACCAAAAUGGAUUUAAUUUUUUUUUUUUGGCAAAACAAAAUAACUGAGAAAUCUCAUUUGGGAACAACACAGACCAUUUUGUUUGACUCAGAAUGAAAUAUUUUGUUUCCUAGUUGGGUUAUUAAUCCUUUUUUUUUUUUAAAGUCUUUUCUUUUGUAAUUUAAAUCCAUUUUUAAAUUAAAUGUAUCAGGAGUGAAAUGGUUUCAUUUAGAAAAUGUAUAAACAAAGCAUAUCCAUAUUUCCAAAACGAACCAUUCCAUCUGGGAAAAGGUCACAACAAAAUGUUUCUUCUACAUUUUAAAUAUUCCCUCUUUUCUUAAGCUGAAAUUAUUUACCAAAUUUGAUCCAAACUCACAAAUGGGUCCAGUCCCUGCUGAAGCUUGAUUUUUCUGCAAAUACAUUAUUCAUCAAAACAAUAUCUCACCGAGCUCUGGAGAGAACUUACCCUUCUCUCGAAUAAGUCUCUGGGGACCCACGCUGCGAGGCUGAGUCUGCUUUAUGGAGAGAAAUACAAGGAAUUCAAGUGCAAAUGACACUGCACUUGGAUUGAAGUGACUUUUCAUGCAGCUACUUUAAUAAUACUGCAUGAGAUAGGUAAGGGGAUGUCACUGGCAAGUACUGAAAGGGCUAAACCUGCAGUCCUGACACAGGCAAAGCACCUACUGACUUCAGCAGGAGCUUUGCCUGAGUUCGGAUAGCAGGUGGGGUAAAAGUGCACCUUACAGACUAAAUGAAUCAAGGAUACAUAAGCUUCCAUGAGCAACAGUUCACAUCCUCAGAUGCUAAGAAAGGACAUGAAUUUGGAUUGUCAGCUCAAGGGACCCAAGACUAAGGAGCAUGGCUCCUUGCUUCUCUGCGUCCCUUCCAAGUAGCCCCUCGACCCCAACCUGCCUCUGAUACGCCUUCCUCUUACGGAGGGGCGCACACAAGAGGAACUGUGCAAGGCUGACCCUUACCAUGCCACUCAGUCACAUAACUCUCAUUAGUCCCUCUCCCCUCCCUCCUCUUGCUGGCAGGUCAUCCAAGUAGUUCAAGAUCUGAAGGCCCCGGGCUGGAUUUUGGUCAUUUUAGCUGCAUUCAGAUUGGUGUCUAAGAUGGCAUCAGAUGCACCGACCUCUGCUUAGAAAAAUAUGAGGGUGGCAUCACCACCUCCUCCAUGUAGCAAGAGUCCAGCAUAAGACUGAGGCUACACGGAUUUCAAGCAAGCACAGCUAACUACCAUUGCAGACACGUUCCAUGCCCGCAGUUUGAGACCUCUGUUAUUCUGCACGUUAGGGCAUUUAUUUUAUAUCUGCUUACACUGUCCUUGUCCCUGUGUUCUCUGAGUGCUUUGCAAACUAAUGAAUGUAUCCUUGCAGUCUGUUGUAGGUAGGUCAGUGUUGUUAUUCCCUUGGGAAAUUCAGAUAGAUGAAGGGGAAGGCAGAGAUUUGCACAGAAACCUAAGGUAGUUAGACACCAAGGCUGACUGGAUUUCAGCGAGAUCUGCUUCCUUGCGUCCCUUAGGCCCUUCUCGGAAAUCCCAGCCUCACUGGCCUGCCCAGGAUUAUACGGAAAAGCUGUAGCAGAGCCUGAAAUCAAACUCUUUCAUCUUGAUUUCCAGCCCAGGGCCAGAACUGCAUUCCCUGUGCAGUUCCCUGUGUCUGCUGUGUAUACAUGGAACUGCAUUCUUCAAGGAGACUAUUGCUGUCGCUUCUGGACAAGUUCCUACCGUGUAUAUAAAUCCACAAACACUGAAGUGGCAAGCAAACCACAAAAAGAAGAACAACAACAACAAUGAGAUCAAUUUGGGAUCGGCACUGUAUAAACAGUAAAGGUAGUUAGUGGCAAAUGACUCUCCGCUUGUAUUAUAUAUUUAAGAAACAUGCUUAUGAAUCCGUUCCAGAUCUUGCAUAACCACCAUGUGCAAGAAAGCAUUGCAAAGGCUUUGAAUUUAAUAUUGAGUACAGACAGGAAAGGUCAAUGAUUUAAUGGGCUGGAACAAUUGAUCUGGCACUUGACAAUACACCUGUCCCCUGAAUGAUUGCCGCAUAUUUCCCUUCUGUGUUCCCAUCUGUCAACAAUUAAGCUAUAAUUGGUGGAAAUGCCAUCUAUCCUGGAUAGCGUCAAUUCGUUUUCCAAUAGUCAGGAUGCCAGAAUCUGAAAGUGCUGCAGAUGGAUAUGAAUACCUAAAACAGUCAAUCCGCUUCAUGGGUUUUAUGAGAGGAAAAAUAUAUGAUAACAUUAAUUUAUACAAAUUAUUGUAUGUGAUACAUACUUAUUGAUACAAAAACAUGGUUUUUUUUUUCAUUUGAGCACUGCCAAAUCCUUUGAUACUAAUGAUCAUUUCAUUUUCAUAUGUACGAUUCAGUGUAACCUUUAAAAUGGCAGACUGCCGCUCAUUUUACUCCCAUGUCAUCUAACAGCUUUCCAGGUACUGGGUAUUAAAAAUUCCCUUUAUUACUAGGUGUUGAACAUAGAUUCUCCUACAAGUGAAGCAAAAUAAAAUGAAAGCAAGUCAGCUGAAGCUCAACAGUAAAUUCUUUAAAGUAGCUUUUAGCUUUGAAUAGAUACAGAUUUCAGAUGGUUGCUACUAGUCCAUAAUUUUAACAGCAUAAUCAUAGAAUCAUAGAGAAUUGGGGGGUGGGGGGGUGGAGGGACCUCAGGAGGUCACAUCUAGUCCAACCCCCUGCUCAAAGCAGGACCAGCCCCAAUGACAUCAUUUCAGCCAAGGCUUUGUCUAGCCGGGUCUUAAACACCUCCAAGGAUGGAGACUCUACCGCCUCUCUGAGUAACCUGUUCCUGUGCUUUACUGUCUUUCUAGUGAGAAAGUUGAGUGUUGUAUUUAAAGCCUUGCUGUGGGGCAAAGGUAUUACUUAUGUGUCUCACUGAUCAUUUUAUUUCCAUUCACCCACCCCUUAACUAAAUUUACUACGACAGAAAUGCAUCAGCACAUAUGAAACAGCAUUUAUUUUUCUCUAGUUAAAAAGAAAUUGGAAGCUUUAUUAAUAUGCCAGGGGCUUAAAGAUGGAUUGAAGCAAAUAUAAACACAUAGAACUUCAUUGAAAGGGUUAAAAACAAUCUUAAGGGCUGUGAGAGAGGAGCUUCAUGACCAGGAGCAGCUAACAGAGAACAGCAUUGCAGCACAAAGGACUGCUUGACGGGUGGAACACAAAGAGCAGUAAAAAGAAGAGAAGGUCAUUAACACGUGUGGAAUGAAGAGUUUAGUAGGGAUCAGGUCACUUAUAAUGAGUCAUGAAAUCAAUUGACUCCCUCAGCACUGCCUGAGUAGAAAUGCUGCUGCCACUGCUAGGCAGAUGGUUUGAAACUUUGGGUGGAGCAGGAAUCAAAGCGGGAAGCAAGUGCACCAGUGCACCCUCCCCCCGGCCCUGAUCUGCCCCUGUAAACUGAAGUACAAUCUUAAUGUUAAAUUGGAUGUAAACCCAUUUAUGUAGUAAAUAGCAUUGCUAGCCAGCACCUGUAGGAAGGCAAGAGGGGGAACUGCAUCGCUGAGCACUUCAAUAAGUUUUUAAUUGACCUUGUUGUUCUGUACAGAUAACAUCUGUUCUAUGAUCUAUUGUCAUCAUCUAUUAUUACAUAUGGAUAACAUUAACUAUUUGUGUCAUGUACCAUUUAUACCUGGGAAAUAAAGGUGAAGGGGAAGUUAUGAUCUGUGAGGCAAAGGAAGCUGCCCACUUCUCUUUCAGUGGUCAACUUCAUUAACAUAAUUAGGCCCAACUAAGGCAAUUGUUUUAGCAUGUACUUAGCUUGGACUGUGACUACUGCUUCCUCAGACCUGAGGAAGGGCAUUUGAAACCCAAAAGCUUGUCUGCCAUCUCUCUCAACUAAAUAAGUUAAGUUAUUGAACGAUAUGAUGUCCACUCACAGAUCUGGCUUCUCUCCUAUCCCUGGACCAUCAUGGCUGCAACAGCGCUUAUCCAUGUAUAUUGGAAGUAAUGGUGGUGAGUGUUGGUAUGUGUUGAUGUUUAACUGGUAAUAAUCACAAAUGCCAUGGAUUGCAACGUGAUUUGUGUUAUCUGAAGCUGCAAAACAAUGUCUUCUAGGGUGACUGGUUACCAAACCCGGAGGAACCAGAGGAAAGAUUUCACAGAGUAAAAAAUAAAUGUUUAACAGGUUAAAAUGUA